GAGUGUAAACGAGCUGUACCUUAAUCCGCACUUUAUUCACUGUAGGUCAUUUAUAUACGUUUAUCAUCACCCAACUACACGAGUGAUGCCAACGAGACCUCGUCCCAGCGCAACAGCGGCUUUCACGAAUGCAGCGCAUGAAUAUUAUCUCGAGCAGCACGCUACUUCGGAAGUUUUGCAUGGCACAGUGUGAUGACCCAUGCGCGACAGAGGAACUGUGGAUAUAAGAGUGAAUCUGUGGACCAGGUGAGCUGUCAGACACAUGCUGAAACUAUGGACAGAACUUGGCCAGAGCGCCCAAUGCAAAAGAAGGCUAAAACAUGCCCUUCCAAAAGAGGAAAAGGUAAGGAGAUAAAAGGGAAGAACACAAAGAGAGACCGGAAGCUGUACCCCCUCAGAGGAAGACAUGGAUUGGGUGAAGUAGGCACGCUUAACUGUUGUGUCGUACUAACACGUUUGGACGAAAGUGACACUUGUAAGAACAGCAUGAAGGCUCUGCGUAAGACUGAAGGAAAGCAGGCGAGGAAAUUGCAAGGAAAGGCAAAAAUCUGCAAGUGUCGCAAAAAAGCCUGUAAAUCUUGCCGGUCAGCACCUGAACCAAAAAGCAAAGUGAAACCAGAUAAAUUUGCCUUAUACACAGAAUUUAUCCCAGAACCUCGCCAGAGGCGACUGGCCUCUCUGAAUGCAGAAGCUGUUAACAGUCUGCUGUUGGACAGAGAAGACCCCCAACAGAAAUCAAAACCUUCAAAGAAGCAACAACUGACAAAACGUGACGGCUCUCACACUAAAGAUUCACCGAAAGAUAAUGAUUCUACUAGAAAAGGGAAAGACAACCGAAAGCGCUCGAACGCUGGAGAAUCAGUGCCGUGUAGAAACCCAAAGAAAAAAGCGAAGACUGAGGGUAUUGAUUUACAAACUCUCAACGCUCCCACUCCAAAACGGCUCGCGGGUUUAAACGCGGCCGCCUUGCUAAAGCUGACCAGCAUGUCCGCGGGAGUAAAACGCAGAGGUAAAACAGACAACAAACCGAGCGGCGGAGGAGUGCGAGGAAAACAACUUCAGGCUAAGUCACGUAAACAGCAGCACAACUUGCCCUGUCAGUCCAAGCUGAAAGUAUCGCACCAGUGCUGCAGCCUUUGUGAGAAGCAAGCCCUCCACUGGGAGGGGAAUACAGGAAGCCAUGGCUUCAUUAGCCCCGGAUAUCAGUGCAGAUCAAUGCUCGGAUACCCCCUGAAGCCCAUGAAGGAAGAAAAAACAGAGACUGAAGUAAAACCAUAUUACUGCUGUUCCCAGGAGAGAUCAGUCGAGUACUGCCACAGACUAGCCCUGUUCCUUGGUCAGAAAACCUACCCUGAAACAGACGAACAUUCUCUAAAGGGAUUUCUUCCUGCUCCUCAUACCCUCACACAUCCAGGAAUGCCCAUUGGUGCCCAUCCUUAUCCCUGUUACCCGGGUUACUAUGUCCACAUCGCUCAUCACGGGACUCCGACACUUCCUGUUAGUUCCAAUCCGGGAACCCACGCACCCUCUUCUGUGACCCCGCUGACAAUGUGCCCUAGUGGGGUCCAGAGACCCAAACUGAUUCCCUCUUCAGUAUCCCAUCCUACAGGGAUCCCUCAUCCGGCAUAUUGUAAUUCUGUGGGGACCUGCUAUGGAGAACCCUGCAGGCUCAGCGGCUAUGCUUACAGACCCGCACAACCCAUCGCUAACAGAGCCUGCUCGUACAAUGCAGGAUGCUCGGGCUGCAUGCACAAAAUGGAAACAGAAGACUACUCUUACCCACUGGAUGACCACAGCUCAUCUAUCAGCAUCCCUCCCACCCUGCCUCUCUCCAUCUGCCCCAUCUCUAAUGUGCCUCCUCCCACCCCGCCAGUACCCCACCUGCAGACACCUCUUCCUGAUGCCGGUCGGCCACAGGUGCAGAUUAGAGUGGGUCGGGAGUGCCCUCAGAGGGCCAAACCGCCCAGCGGCUCACGGUCUGGGGUGCGGGACUCUGCUGUUUGCCCCCACAUUAAGGAUGGCCAGCUGGGAACAGUCCAUGGCAGCACAGCUGCCAAGCAGUCUAAGAUCAACCGUCGCCGGGCAACAAACGGCUGGCUGCCAGUUGGUGUGGCAACAGAGAAGGAGGUGUUCAUCGUGGGUGAAGAAUCAACAUCCUUGCGUAGGUGCUACGAAGGAGUUCAGAGAGACGGGGAGGUGAUCAGGGUCAGAGACACAGUGCUGCUGCGCUCAGGUCCCAGGAAGAAGUCCUUACCUUAUGUGGCUAAAGUCUCUGCCUUCUGGGAUGACCCUGAGUCAGGGGAGCUGAUGAUGAGCUUGUUUUGGUACUACCGUCCAGAACACACUCAGGGGGGUCGCAAUCCCAGCAUGCACUGUGAGAAUGAGAUUUUCGCCUCUCGGCAUCAGGACGAAAACAGCGUGGCGUGUAUCGAGGAUAAGUGCUAUGUAUUAACAUUAGCACAGUACUGUAGAUUUUGUGCCUUGGUGAAGUGUCGUGAGGAAGGAUAUCCCAGACAUAGCCCUUUGGUCCCUCCCUCUAACUACAAAAUUCCAGCUCAUCGCUGUGUUCCCAGCGACGUAGACCCCGAACUUGUGUUUGUCUGCCGCCAUGUUUACGACUUUCGCUAUGGUCGCCUGCUGAAAAACCUGUGGGGUGGAGCUUUCUGGAACAAAACUUAA